AUGCCAGCCGCAGUAGCUCCUCUUUUUACGACUCCUGACCUUGAAUUAAUAUCGUACUGUGAAGACAGGAACUUUCGAGUUGGAAGAAAGCCUGAGCCUGACAGUCGCUCGCAGAAUCUGGUCUACUAUUUUCAAGACAGAAAAUGGUGGAUCAAAGUAACAUUUGAGGGCACAAUCUACUGUCAUACCCAUGAUGCUGAGCCAAAGCAAAUCAAACCAAAGCGCGAACGACGAAGUGAAUUCCAAGACUUUGUGAGGUUGAUUGAUUUUCGAUCGAUGGCUCUUCUGGAUAACACUGUGACCGAAGUGAUCUUGAACGGAGACUCGGAAACAACCGAGCCUGUGAAGCUAUAUCGCGAACCAGAAGACACCAAUGGGUUUGCAAAACACACCAAAAAUCUGCAAUUCCAUAUUCGAGAGGACCCAUCAAGAGUGGUUUAUCCGCCAUGCCUCCAAUUUCCGUCUUUUCGAGCCAUCAAUGUCGCCGAAUUGGAGGAAGAGGAUGAAAUCUCCGCCGCAGUGUCACGGGUUUUACACAAGCGCGACGGAAAAUCAUAUAUUCUCAAGGUAGUCAAUCGGCCCCUUUACCUACCACGCGAUUCAGAUGUGAUACAACAAGAACUUGAAAAUCUCGAACAAUUCAAAGGCGUGCCAGGGAUCGUUCAGCCAGCUGGUAUUGCGGUGUUCGCCAACCCAUACGCGACUUGUCAGAAUUGUGUCCAACAAAUGGUUGUUAACGGGAUUCUGAUGGAGUACUAUAGCGGUGGCUCCUUACAACGUGUUCUUAAUGAAGAGCGUGUUAGGGAAUUCCACUGGGAGCGAUGGGCUGUCCAGAUUGGCAAUGCUUUGGAUGUUUUCCACCGCGCAAAGAAAACCCAUAUGGAUAUAAAGCCUUCGAAUAUUGUUCUCGACAAUGAUGGCAAUGCGAUCCUUAUUGAUAUAAGCGGCAUAGGUGGAGUAACGUACCAGUGGCGUGCUCCAGAGAUACGGCAUGAAAUAUCACCCUUGGAUCUUCCAUUCCAUACACGUCGAAUGAAUGAUGUUUGGGCCUAUGGAAAGCUUUUGACAGAGAUUGCGUCGAACGCUGGGAACAGCUCUUUUGCGGGAACCCUCAGGUUGGUUGCGGAUCAUCUUACUGAAGAGAAUGUCCACAACAGGUGGACUUCAUCCGAGGCAAUCUCUCGGUUGAAGAUUUGUCAGUAUAUCGAUUGA